UGCAACUUUCGGUUCCGUCAAAUGAGCUCCGGAAGAUAAAUUUUGCUAGUUUUUUCGCUCCAAAGAACUUCUGCCGCUCCGUUUAACCAUGGAUCCAGAAGUCGAUCCGGAGAAGCACCUCCGCAAGGUGUACGAGGUGGUGGGAAUCUCGACGGUGGUCGAUGGCUUGGCCCAGCUAGUGAAACGCCGUCGAGGAAGUCCCCCAAAGAUCACCAAAGAACAGGAGCUGCAACAGCAGCUGGAGCGUGCACGUUUAGAGCGAGGCGGCCGGUUGAAUGCCAUCGGCCCGAAGCACCGAUUCGUCCUCGAAACCGCCGGCCAUAUCCUGAACCUGGAACAGGAGUUCUUGAUCGAUUGCACCGCCGACAAUAACUGGUCAGUCGAAAUGAUGGAGCAAAUUUUCGAACAGGAGGGUACGAAGGGUUUAUUGCUAUUCUAUGGGAUGUAUCCGGCUCCUGGAAUCGAUUCGGGUCGUUACAACCCGAAGCUGAAACGGCAACAAGUUAUGCAAACGCUAGUUACCAAUGGUGCUGAUUUUAAGGUUACCGAAAUUUGCGUCGGCGUUUAUAGGCAUAACAGCGCAAGGCCAGUUGAAGUUAAGGGUUUGGGGGAGGAAAUAUUCUUGAUAACAAUAUCAAUCCCCGAAGGGUCUUCGGUUAUCUUUACGUUGACUUCCCUGCUCGAAAAUAUCCUCAAGCCGGCACUCGAGAGUAUCAAGGACUACGGUCAAUGCUCGGACCUGCAGAAAAGCUACUUCUUCCAUGGAGUAGAGACGUACAUGAAGUUCUUGAAAAGUACCGAAAAAGACAUAUCCGGACGCAUAAUGUUCGAGGUGGAUCACGACCUAUACAAGGGACACCUGCUUGCUCCGGUUCAGGUAGAGGAAUCGGCACGGAUACCGGAACGAGUUUACGCGGCCGAGCGUGCCUUUGCCCGCUGGAUGCGUCAGGUUCAGUUCGCGCUGACCCAGGGCAACCAGAUUCGUCGGGAUCCGUACAAUGUGGGACCGCUUCACGAGCUGGAGUACUGGCGCAGUAUGCUGACCAAGUACACCUCGAUCGCGGAAUUUAUCGAUUCGCGUCCCUUCCAAAGCUAUUAUAUGUGUUUGAAGCUGUCCCGCUCGAAGUUGCUCAAGAAAUGGAAACUUAUGGACCAGGAAGUAACCUGCAAGUUGAACGAAUCUAGGGAUAACGUUCGAUACAUUAGUUCGAUUGAACGCUUUUGGGAUCCGCUGUAUCGGUGUGGCCCGGAGGAGGUUGCAGCAGAUAUUCCUAGUUUAUUGACGAUUAUAAGACAAGUGUACAAAACUUCUAGCUUCUACAAUACCUCGGAAAGAAUCACUGGACUUCUGUCAAAGGUGACCAAUCAGAUCAUUAUGAACUGUCAGAUGUAUAUUACCUGUAGAAUGAAACAAACUAUAUACGACCAACCGAAGGAAACCAUCCUACAGAAGAUCAAGAUCUGUAAGGAAUUGGAUAUGAUAUAUCGCUUCCACUAUUACAAAACUGUGAAUGACAUGGAAGAAGCAGAAGAUGAAACUCCAUGGGAAUGUUCCGACAUGUACAUUUUUGGAAAGCUCGACACGUUUAAUGCACGGCUGGACAAAAUCAAAAACAUGAUGGAGUUGGUCCUCAAGUAUCAGGUUAUUGAUCAGAUUGGUAUCUCGGGAACGGAAGUGUUUUCCAGUAAGAUUGAAAAAGCUUUCGAUGUUAUAUCUUCUAAGACCUAUGACCCCCUGGUACAUCGAGAGCACCAGUUUGACCAUGAUUAUGAGAUAUUUUUGAAGGAGGUAGAAGCCGCGGAGAUCGGGUUGCAGAAGUAUUCCAAGGAAAUGGUGAAUUCUGUACCCAACAUUGAAAGUCGUCUUCUGGUGUUGAAGCGUUUUGAGCGACUACAGUUGGAAUGCUUGUGUUUGGAUCGACGGUAUCUAGAUAUUGCUAUGCUGUUGGAGACGCAGAUUUUCGAGAUAAAAGACUAUUACAAUGAAAAUCGUGCUACGCCACCGAUUAUUUGGGGCGUGCCGAAUAGCGUUGGACGGAUAAUGUGGGCUCGAUUUCUAUUUCGGAAGAUGGAUGAUACCAUUAAGGUUAUCAAAUUUCGAAGUUGCGUAGUCGAAAACCGAAAGGCUCAGCUCUGUAUCAAGUAUUACAACUACUUAAGCGAAGUUCUGCUGCACUACGAAAUGCUACAUCAUCGGGCAUGGUGGGAUUUUGUUGAUCAGGCUAGACAGAAGCUGGAAGUUCCGAUUUAUCGUAAGGAUUUGCAGACCAACUGGAUGGUGAUCAAUUUCCAUCCUUUCCUACGACAGACAAUAAAAGAGGCAGAAAACGUUUUGAAAUGGGGUUUAGCAGCUCCAGAUUUUGCUGUUCUCCUCGUACUUCAGAAGGAAAAACUUUACUAUGCAUAUGAACAAGUGAAAGAUCUGCUGAGGCGAAACAAUACAGUGAGACUUCAAAUUCCAAACAUCUUCCUUCCGUUGAUGAGAACUAUGUUGAUCAAAUUGGAAGAAGUUUUCCUCCCCGGUUUGACCGUUGUGACGUGGAUGUCGUUAAACUUGAAGGAGUAUCUGGCAGAAAUCGAUUCCGUAUUAAUUAAGGUUGAAAACUUUGUGAAGGAAGUUAACGACAUCAAGGAAGCGCGAAUCGAAGAUGUUUUGCAAUGCUUUAGCAAUAUCGAUUUGAUUGUUUUGCCGAACGGAGCUGUCGAAGCCGUUGUUUUUGCUGAUAUGAAUGUCAAAUAUCGCCAGUCUGUCGAAAAAUACAUUGAGAAAAAAUCCCAAGCCAUGGAGAAGGCCACCAUUGAGCUGAUAACCAAGUUUGUGGACAAAAUUGAGAUUGCCGAAUUCGACGAUAGAGGCAACCGGAAGUUUCAGCUUCCGCUUGACCAAAUCAACGAUCAGAACCGGAGGCACGAGGAGUCACUUCCGAUUGACAAGUAUGAUUGGAUUAUCUUUGAAAAGAUUUACAAAGCACUCGCUUACCCGUCACCUGAAAUGCAUCGGAAAGCUUUGUUCCAAGAUUACGCGGGACUGAAUUACGAUGUAACUCUACUUCACAUAGAUUGUAUGGAGCUUUUUGCCUACUUCAACCACAGGAUUAUAGCAGUUUUUGUACGAAUGGUCAAAGCUUCUUUGGAAAAAAUACGAAAUCGUAUCAAACUAACCAAUCUUCAGACUAACAAGGCGGCCACGUUACGGGACAUCAAUCCUCUGUUACUUACUGAAAUGGAACUUCUCGAAAGUGAAUGUGUUAUUCGACCAUCGCUGGAGGAAAUCGAGGUGUAUUUCAAACGAGUAAUCAUGAACGUGGUAGAAACAUUCUACGCCGUUUCAACUUGGGGUCGACAAGCCAAAACAGAAGCCAGAUCCCUCCGGAGGCCGAUGCUGGAUGAACAACGUCAUGAGAGAUCGUGGUUCAAAACAAUUUCUGAACAUAAGGAAGUAUCGAGAUUUAUUCACGAAUUCGAUGGAGGUUUACUGCUGAUUGAACCCGAUAUCGCAGUUGAGUUGCGAUCCAUGUACAAUUAUUAUGAAUAUUUGUGGAAAACUGAUCUCUUCGAAGUUUCGUUAGAGGAGAAACCGGCCUUGUUCGAAAAAAUUCAAUUCGAUUUGGCAGACAUGCGCUUUUUAACCCAUGUUGGACCACUCGUCAUUCAUUCCGGGCUGGUUAUCAAAUCCGUUCUCUCCAAGUUCUUGAAAUUUUACAACAAAAGAAUCGCUGAGAUAUCGAACUUUAUCACUGAAAACGAUGCUGUUCUGAGUAGGAAGCUGAAAGAUCUGGAUGACAUUAAAAUGGCGAUGGAUUGUUUGCAAAAGGUUCAACAGCAGUUCACCUUCAUAGACGUCGAUCUUGGUUUCAUAGAAGCAACAUACAGAACACUCUCAGAGUUUGAUCUCGGCAUCACAAAGGACGAUAUUUUCCAUGUAUACAGCAUGCGAGAAGUCUUCAAAACCAUGGCGAAGAAGGUGGAAGAAGUAGAGAAUGAAAUCAUUGCUUUACAAGUACCACUUACACGAGAACUGUCUAAGGGAGUCGAAGAAAUGGUCGCCGAAAUGAAGGAGUUCGACCGAGAAUUCGACGACCGAGGUCCCAUGGAGGAAGGUAUUUCCGCGAAAGAAGCUAGCGACCGAGUGCUGAUGUUCCAAUCCAGAUUCGAUGAAUUGUGGAGAAAGUUCGAAACCUAUGCCAGCGGAGAAGCUUUCCUAGGCCUUAAAGUCAACGAUUAUCCCAUUUUACACAAACGAAAGAAGGAACUCAAUUUGCUGAACAAGUUGUAUUCCCUGUACUUGCAAGUAAUGCGUAGCAUUGAUGAGUAUUAUGAAACGCCAUGGGCUUUGGUAGACAUUGAGAAAAUCAACAACGAACUUCAAGAUUUCCAAAACCGUUGCCGCAAACUGCCGAAAGCUAUGAAGGAUUGGUUAGCAUUCAUUGAUUUGAAGAAGAAAAUUGACGAUUUCAAUGAAAGCUGCCCUCUUCUCGAACUUAUGUGCAAUGAUGCCAUGAAGGAUCGACAUUGGGAAAAAUUGGAAAAAUUACUCAAAACUAAGUUUGAAGUUGAGUCGCCCGAUUUUACUCUGGGGCACGUCAUGCUGGCUCCACUCCUUGAAAACAAAGAUGAUAUUGAAGAUAUAUGCAUAGGGGCAGUCAAAGAGAAUGACAUCGAUACCAAACUCCGUCAAGUCAUUGCAGAAUGGUCAGUCGUAAACUUACAGUUCGCCAACUUCAAAACACGUGGUGAGCUGCUCAUAAAACCGGGAGAAACCUUAGAAGUAGUUUCUCAACUGGAAGAUAGUAUCAUGAUUGUCAGUUCUCUGGCUUCAAAUCGGUUCAAUGCUUUCUUCAAAAAAGAGAUCAUGCUGUGGUUGAACAAAUUGGUAAACACCGGAGAAAUAUUGGAAAAAUGGCUUCAAGUACAAAACUUAUGGAUUUACCUUGAGGCUGUAUUCGUCGGUGGAGAUAUUUCUAAGCAGCUGCCUCAAGAUGCAAAGCGAUUUGCUGGCAUUGACAAAACUUGGGUAAGGAUCAUGUUUCGCGCCAGAGAUAAUCCCAAUGCUGUCGAAUGUUGUACUGGCGAGGAUACAAUGGCAUACACUUUAAACCAUCUGUUUGAACAACUUGAACAGUGUCAGAAGUCUUUGACCGGAUACCUUGAAUCCAAACGUCUACUAUUCCCUCGUUUCUUCUUCAUCUCGGAUCCCGUGUUACUGGAGAUCUUGGGUCAAGCUUCGGAUCCAACCUCGAUCAAAGCCCAUUUGCUGAGUAUUUUCGAUGCAGUUGCCUCGGUUGAUUUUGAUGAGAAAGUUUUUGGCAAAAUCGUUGCCAUGUCAUCUGAUAAUGGCGAAAACGUAGCUUUUGCAAGACCCGUCUUCUGCACUGGAGGAGUCGAAAUUUGGCUGAAUCGGUUAUUGAAAGAAAUGCAAGACACAAUUAGCGAUAUCCUAGCAGUUAUGGCACAAAACUUAUCCAAUCCAGAAUUCGAUUUCAUAACCGGGUUUCAAACAUUCUGCGGUCAAGCUGGUUUAGUAGGUGUUCAACUGUUGUGGACACGGGAUGCUGAAUACGCUCUUCGAAAAUGUCGCACAGACAAGAAUGUUAUGAGGAAAACAAACCAAAGAUUCCUGGACCUACUAAAUAGUUUGAUUGAGCUGACGGUGAAAGAUUUGACAAAACUAGAAAGAAUCCGCUUCGAAACUAUGGUUACCAUUCAUGUUCACCAGAGGGAUAUUUUUGACGACCUCGUACGUUUGAAAAUCCGUACAGCACAGGACUUCGAGUGGCAGAAACAGGCACGAUUCUACUACAUUGAUGAAACUGAUGAAGUGAUUGUCAAAAUAACAGAUGUAGAUUUCAUCUAUCAGAAUGAAUACCUGGGCGUAACGGAACGUUUAGCUAUCACACCGCUGACAGAUCGUUGCUACAUCACUUUGGCCCAGGCCAUUGGAAUGUCGAUGGGUGGAGCUCCUGCAGGCCCUGCUGGAACCGGUAAAACUGAAACCACCAAAGACAUGGGUCGAGCCCUGGGUAAGCUGGUGGUCGUGUUUAAUUGUUCCGAUCAGAUGGACUUCCGUGGCCUCGGUCGUAUAUAUAAAGGAUUGGCCCAGUCUGGAUCUUGGGGCUGUUUUGAUGAAUUCAACCGAAUCGAACUUCCCGUUUUGUCUGUCGCUGCACAACAAAUUUAUAUUGUGCUUACAGCUCGCAAGGAAAAAAAAUCGGAGUUCAUUUUCAGUGACGGAGAUACCGUUUCACUGAACUCGGAAUUUGGCCUGUUCAUCACCAUGAAUCCGGGCUACGCAGGUCGCCAAGAGCUGCCCGAGAACUUGAAGAUUAUGUUCAGAUCUGUUGCUAUGAUGGUUCCUGAUCGGCAGAUCAUUAUGCGUGUCAAGCUGGCCAGUUGUGGUUUCAAGGAUAACGUCAUUCUGGCUCGUAAGUUCUUUACGCUGUACAAACUUUGCGAGGAGCAGCUUUCCAAGCAGGUGCAUUACGAUUUCGGUCUCCGAAACAUUUUGUCCGUCCUGCGAACCUUGGGCGCCCAGAAGCGAGCCAACCCAUCCGAUACAGAGGAAACAAUCGUGAUGCGUGUCCUGCGAGAUAUGAAUGUUUCCAAGCUGGUAGACGAAGAUGAACCUCUGUUUAUUUCGUUGAUUGAAGAUCUUUUCCCGGGAAUCAAGCUGAGUACUUCGACAUACAAAGAUUUACAGAGAGCUAUUGGUAAUAGUGCUGAAGCACUCGGACUAAUCAAUCACCCCGAAUGGAACCUAAAGGUUAUUCAACUAUACGAAACGUCCCUUGUGCGACACGGUUUGAUGACAUUGGGACCAACCGGAGCUGGUAAAACACGUUGCAUACACACAUUGCUGAAGAGUUUUACGGAGUUAGGGUUACCUCACAAAGAAAUUCGUAUGAACCCGAAGGCUAUCACGGCACCUCAGAUGUUCGGCCGUCUGGAUGUUGCAACUAACGAUUGGACAGAUGGUAUAUUCUCCACAUUGUGGCGUCGAACUCUCAAGAUAAAGAAAACAGAAUUCGUCUGGUUGAUUUUGGACGGGCCUGUCGAUGCUGUGUGGAUUGAAAAUUUAAACUCCGUAUUGGAUGACAAUAAAACACUCACAUUGGCUAACGGUGAUCGUAUCACAAUGGCACCGAACGCAAAAUUAGUUUUCGAACCGGAUAAUGUGGAUAACGCAUCUCCAGCUACCGUCAGUAGAAUGGGCAUGGUGUUCAUGAGCGCUUCCGUUUUGAAGUGGGAACCGUGUCUGAAUGGAUGGCUUAAGAAAAUACCCGCAGACACUGCCGAUAUUUUGCGGAAAUUUUUCAAUAAAAUUUAUGAUGAUCUUCAUACGUUCGUUCAAACUAGGCUCGAUGCAAAAAUGAAAAUACUUGAAGCCAUUUACAUACGCCAAUGUUGUGACAUACUUCAAGGUUUACUAAAACCCCCGGAAGAUGGAACUAUCAGCGAUAUUCCCCAUGCUCAAUUAGAACGAAUAUUUCUUUUUUCGGUCAUGUGGUCUUUGGGCGCAGUACUGGAGUUGGAAGAUCGCGAUAAAAUGAACGAUUUUGUUAUUAAACAUCCAUCUAAAAUGCAUUGGCCUAAGGUGCAGCCCGGCGAAUCGAUUUUCGAGUACGUCGUAUCAGAAAGUGGAAAAUGGCAGCACUGGAACGAACGUGUCGAAGAGUACAACUACCCUAGCGAUAGUGUACCCGAGUUUGCCAGUAUUCUUGUUCCGAAUGUGGACAAUGUGCGAACUGCAUAUUUGAUUGAUUUAAUAGCUGCUCAAAGCAAAGCUGUCCUGCUGAUUGGUGAACAAGGUACGGGCAAGACAGUGAUGAUCAAAGGUUACAUGUCUGCCUAUGACCCAGAGUUUCAUUUAUCGAAGAGCUUCAACUUUUCAUCGGCUACGACUCCAAACAUGUUCCAAAGAAUUAUCGAAUCGUACGUUGAAAAACGCGUAGGCACAACUUACGGCCCUCCGCAACAACGUAAAAUGUCCGUUUUCAUCGAUGACAUUAACAUGCCGAUUGUGAAUGAAUGGGGCGAUCAGGUCACAAAUGAAAUUGUUCGACAGAUGAUGGAGAACGUUGGUUUCUAUUCGUUAGAUAAACCCGGAGAUUUUCUCACAAUUCUGGAUAUUCAACUGCUGGCAGCCAUGAUUCAUCCAGGUGGUGGCCGUAACGACAUUCCUCCACGACUGAAGCGACAAUUUUGCAUUUUCAAUUGUGCUAUUCCUAGCGAAAAGUCGAUGGAUAAGAUUUUUGGAAAACUAGGUGAAGGAUACUUUUGCGAUGCAAGGUUCAACGAAACGGUCGUUGGAUUUAUUCCGAAGUUGAUCAGGCUUACUCGUAAGCUCUGGCAAGCUACCAAAAUAAAAAUGCUCCCAACUCCGGCCAAGUAUCAUUACGUAUUCAACCUACGCGAUUUAUCCCGUAUUUGGCAGGGAAUGCUAACGAUAAAACCUGAUGAAUGUCAAACUAUUCAAACGGUGUUGAAUCUUUGGCGUCACGAAUGUGUAAGAGUUAUUGCGGAUCGAUUUACAAACUUCCCGGAUCGUAUUUGGUUUGUUGCUAAGCUGCAAGAACUGGCCACGGACUUGCUUCCACCGGAAGACAUGGAGCACUGGCAGGAGGAAGAAACCUUUUUCGUCGACUUCCUCAGAGAUCCUCCGGACCCAACUGGCGAAGAAGGAGAAGAUGUUAGUUUGGAACCACCAAAACUGUACGAAGAAAUACCCAGUUUUGAGGAAACAACGGCGCGAGUUCGCAUGUACAUGGAACAGUUCAACGAGUACAUCCGUGGCGCGUCAAUGGAUUUAGUCUUCUUCCGAGACGCGUUGGUCCAUUUGAUGAUUAUUUCUAGAAUUAUAAGAACCCCUGGAGGAAACGCACUAUUGGUGGGCGUCGGUGGUUCCGGAAGACAGAGCUUAACCAGACUGGCUUCCUUCAUAGCUGGGUACAAGUUCUACCAGAUCACCUUGACAAGAUCAUACAACAUCAAUAAUUUGCUUGAUGAUUUGCGAUAUCUGUAUAGAACUGCUGGCCUCGAAGGGCAGGGUAUAUCAUUCAUAUUCACCGAUAACGACAUCAAGGAUGAAGGAUUUUUAGAGUACAUUAACAAUGUACUCAGCUCUGGGGAAAUUGCGAACCUCUUUUCGAAGGAUGACUUGGAUCAAAUAUGUAAUGAAUUGAUCCCAAUAAUGAAAAAGAACGCUCCAAAACGAAUUCCGACCAUGGACAACCUCUACGAAUACUUCAUUCAACGGGCAAAAGCCAAUUUGCAUAUUGUUUUAUGCUUCUCACCGGUCGGUGAAAAAGCCCGUAGCAGAUCACUUAAGUUUCCUGGUCUGGUUUCGGGUUGUACAAUUGAUUGGUUCCAGCGAUGGCCCGAAGAUGCGCUUAUUGCAGUGUCCAACCAUUUCCUCAAGGAUUACGAUAUCGUUUGUAGGCCACAGGUCAAGAGGGAUCUGAUCGAGAUUAUGGCAUUUAUCCAAGACAAGGUGGCAUUUGUUUGUGUAGAAUAUUACGAUCGAUUCCGCCGGCAGGCACACGUGACCCCCAAAUCUUUCCUUUCCUUCUUGGAUGGGUACAAGGUUAUCUACAAGGAAAAACAUGACAACAUUGCAGUUCUAGCCAGCAGAAUGCAAACCGGUUUAGUGAAGCUGAUUGAAGCAGCCGAAUCGGUAGAUGUUCUGAGAGUAGAACUUGAAGAAAAAGAGAAGGAUAUUAUAAUAGCAACUCAGGCCGCAGAAAUUGUGCUAGCUUCAGUAACGAAAUCACAGGAAGCUGCUGAAAUUGUGAAGGCCGAGGUCAUGAUUGUGAAGAAUAAAGCCGAUGUUUUGGUGGAACAAAUUGCUGCUGAAACUACUGUGGCAGAGGCAAAACUUGAACAAGCUAGACCUGCAUUGGAAGCUGCAGAAGCUGCAUUGAAAACUGUUACACCAGCAGAUAUUGCCACAGUUCGUAAGCUAGGAAAACCGCCAUACUUGAUUACGUUGAUUAUGGAUGUAGUAUUAAUUUUGUUCCGAAGGAGAAUGAAUCCGGUGAAGCCUGACCCUGAGCGUCAGUUCAUGUUGGCUUCGUGGGAAGCUUCACUGAAAGUCAUGGCUGAUACAGGUUUCCUGAACAAGAUUGUUCGCUACCAGGCCGAUUUGAUCAAUGCAGAAACGGUCGACUUGAUGAUACCUUAUUUCAAAUAUCCCAUGUACACGUUCGAAGCAGCAAAAGCAGCUUGCGGUAACGUAGCCGGGCUUUUGCAGUGGACAAUGGCAAUGGCGAAAUUCUACGAUGUAAACAAAGACGUUCUGCCGUUGAAAGCAAAUCUUGCCCGCCAACAAAGAAAACUGGAUAUUGCUACUGUUCAGAAGCAAGAAGCGGAACAGCAGUUGAUAGCCAAAGAAUUGGAGCUGGCGCAAGUACAACAAGAGUUCAACGACGCUAUGACCAAGAAGCAAGCUGUCUUGGACGAUGCUAAGAUCUGCCAGGACAAAAUGGAUGCAGCAUCUGCGUUGAUCAACGGUUUGGCAGACGAAAGAAUUCGAUGGACAGAGCAACUUUCGCAGUUCAAGAGUGAAACUGAUCGUCUAGUAGGAGAUGUAGUAAUUCUUACUGGAUUCCUCUCUUACACCGGGCCCUUCAACCAAGAAUAUCGAAACGUACUUCAACGAGCGUGGCAGUCAGAGCUACAGAAUCGCAAGAUACCUGUUUCAAUGAACAUCAAUGUUAUGGAAAAUCUAACCGAUGACGCAACAGUUGGAGAAUGGAACUUACAAGGUUUACCCAAUGAUGAACUGUCUGUUCAGAAUGGUAUCAUUGUCACCAAAGCUGCUAGGUAUCCACUAUUGAUUGAUCCACAGUCACAAGGAAAAAUCUGGAUAAAAAACAAGGAAAAGGAAUUCGGACUAAUUGUCACAUCUCUGGAACAUCGAUUCUUCAGAAAUCAUAUUGAAGAUUGCGUCUCGCAGGGCAUUCCAUUGCUGAUUGAGGACGUAGCCGAAGAACUAGAUCCGGUAUUGGAUAACAUUUUGGAAAAGAAUUUCAUCAAGAUGGGCAACACUUACAAAGUCAAAGUAGGAGACAAGGAAGUCGACGUUCAUAAGGAUUUCCGAAUGUACAUUACAACCAAGCUCCCAAAUCCAUUAUACACGCCAGAAAUUUCAGCCCGAACAUCUAUCAUCGACUUCACUGUUACUAUCAAAGGUCUGGAAGACCAACUGCUAGGCCGAGUCAUUCUUACUGAGAAAAGGGAACUUGAGUCCGAACGAACAAACCUGAUCAAAGACGUUACGGCCAACCGAAGGAAAAUGCAAGAAUUGGAAGCAAAUCUGCUGCACAAGCUAUCGACAACGCAGGGAAGUUUGGUGGACGAUGUAACCGUUAUCGUGGUACUCAAUACCAGUAAAUCAACCUCGAUCGAAGUUCGUGAAAAGCUAAAGAUUGCGAGAGAGACUGAGAUCAAAAUCAAUAAAGCCCGAGAGGAAUAUCGUCCAGUUGCCACAAGAGGCAGUGUACUGUAUUUCCUGAUCUGCAGCAUGUCUAUGGUAAACACCAUGUAUCAGACUUCUUUGGUUCAAUUUUUGGAACGCUUCGAUAUUUCCAUGGCCCGGUCAGAUAAACAUAUUGUCACCUCAAGACGCAUCAAUAACAUUAACGAGUUUCUAACCUACGACAUCUUCAAGUAUAUUUGCCGCGGACUUUAUGAGGUCCAUAAAUACCUUUUCGUUCUGUUGAUGGCGUUGAACAUAGAUUUAGAGAAAAAAGCAGUUACACAUGAAGAAUUCCAAACAUUUAUAAAAGGGGGAGCUGCUCUGGAUAUUAACACCUGUCCAGAGAAACCAUUCAAAUGGAUCGUAGACAUGGCGUGGUUGAAUCUGGUUCAAUUAGCCUCCAUUCACCAGUUCAGCGAAGUCCUUAAUCACGUGACCAACAACGAAAAGGGAUGGAAAAAUUGGUUUUCCAAGGAAGCACCCGAAGAAGAAGUUAUUCCUGAUGGGUACAACAACACCGAUGCCUUCCGCAAAUUACUUUUGAUACGCGCUUGGUGUCCGGAUCGAACGCUUUCUCAAAGCAGAAAGUACCUAGCCAUGUCUUUGGGUCAACGAUUCGCCGAUCCAGUGAUUAUCAACUAUGACAUCAUGCUGGAAGAAAGUCGACCAUUAACUCCCCUUGUUUGUUUCCUCUCCAUGGGUUCCGAUCCGACUCCAAGCAUUGAAGCGCUCGCCAAAAAGAAUAUGGUCAAAUGUCGAUCAAUUUCUAUGGGUCAAGGUCAGGAGGUUCAUGCAAGAAAAUUGAUUGCCACAUCCCUCGAGGAAGGCUCAUGGGUUUUGCUGCAAAAUUGCCAUUUAGGAUUGGAAUACGUCAACGAGCUGAUGUUGCUCAUUUUGGAAUUGGAGAAAGUUGGAACAGGAUUCCAUCAGGACUUUAGGGUAUGGGUUACGACUGAACCUCAUCCCAAGUUCUCUAUCACUUUCCUACAAACAUCGGUGAAAUUCACAAAUGAGCCUCCUUCAGGUGUUAAAGCUGGACUGAAACGUACCUACGGUUCAAUGUCAGUUGAAAUGUUUGAAUACAGUGAAUCGCCGUUUUAUGUGCCCUUGAUUUUUGCCAUUUCGUUCCUGCACACUGUGGUCCAGGAGCGGAGAAAAUUUGGUCCAUUAGGAUGGAAUAUUCCCUACGAGUUCAAUUCGGCGGAUUGGUUGGCUAGCUGUAUGUUCGUUCAAAACCACCUGGAUGAUCUAGACCCGAAGCGUGGUAUAAGUUGGAAGACGGUUCGCUAUAUGCUUGGUGAGGUUCAGUACGGUGGCAGAGUUACCGAUGACUACGACAAACGGCUUCUGAAUACGUUUGCCAAGGUGUGGUUUUCCGAUGCCAUGUUCUUCGAAGAAUUCAGAUUCUUCCGCGAGUAUGGAAUCAUGAAGUAUAAAUCAUUGGAAGAUUACAUGGACGCUAUCGAAGGGAUGCCUUUGGUGGAUCCGCCUCAGGUUUACGGACUCCACUCCAAUGCAGAUAUAACUUACCAGAGUAAUACCACGACCGAGAUUUUGGAUACGAUCAUAUCCAUACAACCCAAAGAAUCCAGUGGAGGCGGCGGUGAAACUCGGGAAGCAACUGUAGCACGUCUAGUGAAAGACAUGUUGAAAAAGGUACCUCCACCGUAUGAUCCAUUCGCGGUUAAAGAGCGACUGCGAAUCAUGGGACACCUGGGAUCGAUGAAUAUUUUCCUGCGACAGGAAAUUGAUCGAAUUCAAAGGAUCAUUCACUUGGUUACGGUAACCCUCAAUGAUCUACUCCUGGCGAUAGAUGGUAUUAUCAUCAUGAAUGAACAGUUGCGCGACGCCUUGGAUAACAUCUACGAUGCCCGAGUGCCAGAAGUAUGGAAACGUGGCAGUUGGGCUUCCGCUUCCUUGGGCUUCUGGUUCACAGAGCUCAUUGAAAGGAAUACUCAGUUCUACACGUGGUGUUUCAGAGGUCGCCCUAAUAUGUUUUGGAUGACCGGAUUUUUCAAUCCGCAAGGUUUUCUAACGGCUAUGCGUCAGGAGGUAGCACGGGCGCAUAAAGGUUGGGCCCUGGACGUUGUGACACUGCACAACGAUGUCACCAAAAUGCUCACGGAGGAGUGCAAAGUGCCACCGAAUGAAGGGGUCUUUGUUUAUGGAUUGUUUUUAGACGGAGCCGGUUGGGAUCGCAGGAACAAUCGCCUACAGGAGGCAAUCAACAAAGUUCUCUACACUGCCAUGCCUGUUGUGCACAUUUACGCAAUCAACUCAACUGCUCCCAAGGAUUCCAAACUGUAUGAGUGCCCCGUCUACAAGAAAGCGAACCGAACGGAUCUCAACUACAUUACCCCGCUGUGGCUGCAAACCCUCAAAUCACCGGACCAUUGGAUUUUGCGCGGAGUUGCGCUGCUCUGUGAUAUAAAAUAAGCAUCGACCAUAUCAACCGGAUAUUUUCAUCAGUAUUAUAUUUUUAUCAUUCAUUGGUUCAUUUCCACGUAUUAAAUCGCUCCUCACAAUACACCGACAUUCAGAUUAUUUUUCUCCCACGAAAGCUGAGAGGACCCUAUUUGCUAAAACGUACACUAGAAACAUCCCGGUAAAUGACGAGUAGAAUAACUCCAUCCGAUCAAGUAGUGAUCGAACAAAAAAAAACUCUGUGUGUGUUCAAAUUUCUAUUGUGAUUGCCGCGUUUCCUAUAGAAAUGUAAAUUGUUACACCUACCUUACUCGCGACCUAACUGUUGUCCGCGACCCCAGGCAUGACGAAAGCCGAAACCAUUGCCCUGCUGUUGCUGUUGCUGUGCAUUGGCAGCUCGUUGGCCGACCGGAGGUACACCGAACCCAUGCACUCCACCGGUGACAUCCGGGAAAAAGCGUUUUCUGUUGGUAGAAAAU